GAUACUGUCUCUCUUCCCAAUACACACUGAGAAACCCAAAGUUGCAGAUAGAGACAGAGCCCACCCCCUUCUCCCUCCCAUCGCAAUGCUCCAUCUCACCACCCCCUUCCAUACACACAACCACCACCACCACCACCGCCUCCACCUUGUUUCUCUCCAUUUCUUCAUCCCAUCCUCACACCCUCACCAUUAAUAUGCGUGUAUAGUUGUGUUAAAGAGAACAGCCACCUCCUCUGCGGUCUAUAAGAACUUGCCUCUCUCUGCAGCUGAUUACCGGUCUGUGUCUGUGUGUGUUUCUCACGCUCACCUCAACCGCCUCUUUACUUACUCUCGGGUAUGGCAAAGCUGUGUUCUUCGCGCUUGCCGACGGGAGUGCCGACCGCGUGUCUCGGUUUCCGCCAUGAGUGAGGUCAAAGGUGCCUUCUUUUUUCGCUUCUUGUUCUUCUGGGUCUCGUGUUUCUUCGGGCUUUUGGUGUUCCCCGGCAGAUGAACAGCACGGUGGGGGAGGCGGCGGGGGGGAUGGGGGGCAGGCCGCCGUUCACGGCGGCGCAGUGGCAGGAGCUGGAGCACCAGGCGCUGAUCUAUAAGUACCUGACGGCGGGGGUGCCCGUGCCGCCGGAGCUCCUGAUUCCCAUCCGGCGCAGCUUUGAGGCCUUGCCUGGCCGAUACUAUCAUCACCCUGCGCUAGCCUACUGCUCCUACUAUGGAAAGAAGCUGGAUCCAGAGCCAGGGCGGUGCCGUCGAACUGAUGGGAAGAAGUGGCGGUGCUCCAAGGAUGCACAUCCCGACUCCAAGUAUUGCGAGCGCCACAUGCAUCGUGGCCGCAACCGUUCAAGAAAGCCUGUGGAAUCACAAUCCAUUUCCCAAUUGCAGUCGGCCUCAUCUACUACCACAUCACUAACUCCCACCGGGAGCAGUGGGAGUGUCAGCAGUGGAGGAGGCUUGCAGAGCAUUCCCCAGUACUCCGUUGCCGGUCACAGCGGUAGACAAAGUUUGUGCCUUGGUGCCUCCAGCUCAUUGCAUCUGCCCAUGGACCCUGGCCCUUAUGGUAACAGGUACUUCUCUGGUGUUAAACCCGGAGUUGAUGAGCAGAGUUUCUUCUCGGAAGCCUCUGGUAGUGCAAGGGGUCUUGGAAUGGACCCAGUUGACAGCUCAUGGCACUUGAUGCCAUCCCGAGUGUCAUUGUUUCCAUCUUCAAAAGCUAGAGAUCCUUCUCCUCUGCAGAGUGCGUACACUCAGCUUCAGUCGGUUCAAGAUCUCGGGCACGUAACAAUCAGUUCAAUGUCACGACAGCCGGAGCAGCAACAACACUCAUUCAUUGGGGGUGAGUUCAAUUCACCAGAGUCUGUGAAGCAAGAAAGCCAAUUCCUCCGACCUUUCUUCGACGAAUGGCCCAAGACAAGAGACUCUUGGUCCGAUAUGGAAGAAGAUAGAUCCAACCGAACAUCAUAUUCCACAACCCAGCUCUCGAUUUCAUUCCCGAUGUCCUCCUCGGACUUUUCGACCACCUCUUCUAAGUCCCCUAAUGAUGAUUGAGGGAGAAGUACUUCGACCUUUGGAUGCCAUCUUUAAACCUCCAUCGGACGAGGCACAGCAGGAACUUUGCCUGCAUUUUGAUGUCAUCUCUCUGAUUUGGUGGAGUGGAAAUUUUCAUGUCUGCUUUCUUGUUAUUUCAUGCACUGAAACUGUAUGUGGUAGCUGCAUGCAACAAGUGUUAUGUUACUGAUGUGUGCCAUUGGUAGUCUUUUUUAUCUUAGUCAUCUGGUAUAAACCUACAAGAAGUACAUUUAAAGGUUUAAAGCCUGGAAACAUUUGCUCACUUGAUGGCCAAAGGAGAGAGCAAUCUUGGGAGGGACAAGCUCAAUAGCAAAGGCAUAGAUGAGAGCCAUCAAAUGAUGAAAGUGUUGUUUGUUCUCAUGGGUAGGCUCACAAGGUAUGAGACCCCAAAGAAACAUUACAUUACAGCCUAUUUUGUUAUGCCCAUGCUACAAAAAUGAUAAAAAUAAAUGUAGUUUAGUAAAUGAAACUUCAUAUUCUGUUGUAUGUAAAAAGAAACAUACAAAAAAAAG